CGACAGUGACGAAAAGAAAAGAAAAAACCUCAAUCACUCUCAAAAAGCCCAAAACCCAGAAUCAUCAUCAUCAUCUUCUACCUCGAGCUUUGAUCAAAUCUCUUGUAGUCUCCUUUGAGUUUUGUUACUGGAAAAAGAAACUUUUUUCUUUAUGGGUUUUGGUUUUGUUCUCGAAUCAGAUCCUCGUUUCAUCUCGAUGACCUCUUCAUCUUCUUCAACCUUUGUUUCUAUAGUUCUCUGAUAAUUUUUCUCAGAUGAGAAGUUCUAAGUCGCUUCUUCUCAACUUCUUCCUCUUCGUCUUCUUUAUCAACCUGAUAGAGUUUAGAGUUGAAGGAGGAGCAUUUGUUGGAACCUAUGGGAUAAACUAUGGAAGGAUUGCUGAUAACAUACCAUCUCCGGAUAAAGUAGUGUUACUUCUAAAGCAAGCUAAAAUUCGGAAUGUGCGAAUAUACGAUGCAGAUCAUACUGUUCUUGAAGCUUUCAGUGGGACUGGUUUAGACCUUGUGAUUGGACUCCCUAAUGGGUUUUUGAAAGAGAUGAGUUCAAAUUCUGAUCAUGCUUUCACUUGGGUUAAAGAUAAUGUUCAGUCUUUCUUACCAAAGACUCGGAUCCGUGGUAUAGCGAUUGGUAACGAAGUUCUUGGAGGCGGUGAUUCUGAGCUUUCGGGUGCUUUACUUGGUGCGGCUAAGAAUGUGUACAAUGCGUUGAAGAAAAUGAAUCUGGAGGAAACUGUGCAGAUCACCACGGCUCAUUCGCAGGCUGUGUUUGCUGAUUCGUACCCGCCAUCGUCUUGUGUGUUUAAAGAAAAUGUUGUUCAGUUCAUGAAGCCAUUGUUGGAGUUCUUUCAUCAGAUUGGUUCUCCUUUUUGUUUGAACGCGUAUCCUUUUCUGGCGUACACAUAUAAUCCGAAAGAGAUUGAUAUCAACUAUGCUCUUUUCAAGCCAACGGAAGGGAUAUAUGACCCAAAAACCGAUCUACAUUAUGAUAACAUGCUUGAUGCUCAGAUCGAUGCUGCUUACAUGGCGCUGCAAAAUGCUGGGUUUAAGAAGAUGGAGGUUAUGAUCACUGAAACUGGGUGGGCUUCUAAAGGUGAUUCAGAUGAACCUGCAGCAACGCCGGAGAACGCAAGAACCUAUAACUAUAACCUCAGGAAAAGGCUUGCGAAGAAGAAAGGAACACCUCUUAGACCGAAAAUGGUGCUCAAAGCCUAUAUCUUUGCAUUGUUCAAUGAAAACUCAAAACCGGGCAAGAGUUCUGAAACACAUUUUGGACUGUUUAAACCUGAUGGAACCAUAUCAUAUGACAUUGGAUUCAACAGUCUAAAGUCUGAUGCUACCAAGUCACUCAUUUCAUCAUCAAAGGCAGCCCGUUACUAUGCGGCAUUGGUCAUCUUUGUCUCGAUUGUCCUCCUCAUGAUAUAAAUGCAGAAAUGGUGUGAGCUUUGGUGCUAGGAUCCUCGGAUUUUGUAUUACAUUCGUAGCAAUAUGAUAUAUUAUUACUAGGUUUGAGAGGCUAACGAAAUGGUAGGAGCACAAGUAUAUUGGAAUUUUCGUACAUGAUAACCAAGAGAUGUUCAGAAAAAUAUCAUUGGCCAAUCUUAUAUGUAUACAUCUUAUGUAAACAACAAUGUUUAUACAUAAAUUUGGAUCUCUGCUUUAGAUUAUUUGGAGUA